UACAUCGUGCCUGCAACAUACCUGUCGUGGGCUCGGCUAUACUAUACUACACAGAGCUACUGUACAUCGAGCUCUGUAAACAUCUUGAGGUUGCUCGGUGUGACAGGUUGUGGGCGGAGCGCAGCGCAGCUCGAGUUGACCAUUCCGAAUAGUUUUACAUCGCUGUGUCCACCCCAUACAGAACCAGUGUCCGCUUGCGGUGCACUUCCAGCGGUCAACUUCAAACUAUUUGUUUUGCGGUUUCGGACCUAUUCGAAUUGUUUUAUUCCCUUGCCAGAGAAGAGGCGAGAGGGAGGGGUAUAGAGUGCACCAUGAAGGAUACGGAUAAAAGGCAUGAAGGAGGCGGAAGGAGAACGGGAACAGAAAAAUCAGAGAAAGAUCAGAGCUGGAUCCCCAAGAUCAUCAAAAAGAGAGUUUGCACCACGUUCGUAGAGGACUCAUUAAGCAAUGGGGUGUUGUGUCAGUGUGGCGGUGUGCGGGAGACACACUGCUCCAUCGCUACAGGAGACUUCUUCGGGGCGGCCAUCGUCAGCCAGUGGGACAGCUCUCAGCACUCCUCAGAGUACCCCACCGACGCCUUCGGCGAGUUGGAGUUCGCAGGGGCCGGCAGGAGACACAGCCAUUUCCUGCGUUUGUCAUGCGACACCCCACCUCAUAUCAUAUACAGCCUGAUGACGGCCCAUUGGGGGGUGCCCUCCCCUAACCUGGUGGUUUCUGUGGUGGGUGGUCGCGAGAAGGUCAAGCCCUGGGUGAGGGAAGUGCUGAGACAGGGGCUUGUCAGGGCGGCACAGAGCACAGGGGCGUGGAUAGUGACGGGGGGGCUGAGGGAGGGGGUGGGACGUUGUGUUGGGGAAGCAGUGAGGGAUCAUGCGGCGGCGGCCUCCUCCCUGUCCCAGAAGAAAGUCAUUGCUGUGGGCGUGGCCCCCUGGGGGUUGGUGCACAACAGGCAGUGGCUCGUCAACUCUGAGGGUAGUUUUCCAGCACGGUAUUAUGUCCAGAACACGUCCCAUGACUCGUGCUGCCUGGAUAGUAACUACCAGGCCUUCCUGCUGGUGGAUGAUGGGAGUGUAGGCCAGCGGGGAGGGGAAACGGCCUUCCGGGCCAAGAUGGAGGACUACAUCUCCCACCAGCGCACAGGCAUCUGGGGCAGUGGCAGUAUAGAUGUCCCUGUAUUGUGUAUGCUCAUCUCAGGGGACGCUGCCAUGCUGGAGAGGGUGGAUCUCUCUCUGAAGAAGGCUACUCCCUGGCUGGUGUUGAAUGGUUCUGGUCCAGCGGCGGAUCUCAUCUGUGAGCUGCUGGAUGCACUGUCAGCCGGGCCCAUGAGCCCCCCUUCUCCCCAGCCAGAGGUUGAGGGGAGCGAGAAGACCAGUGCGGAGCUGCGCGACAGAGCCCGUGAGAGGGUCCGGAGACACUUCCCUGCCAAGGCAGACCUGGAGAAGCUUGUGGACAGGGCUCUGAGUAUCUAUAAAAACAGAGAUCUGAUCACAGUGUUCCACGGGGAGCAGGAGAGUUCUGAUGAUUUUGACACAGUGCUACUGAAGGCUCUCGUCAGAGCCAGUAAACGUGUGUCCAGCGAUGCCAGUGAGUACACAGAGGAGCUGAAGCUAGCAGUAGCCUGGAACAGGGUGGACAUCGCUAAGAGUGAACUCUUCAACGGAGACAUCCAAUGGAAGUACGAGGACCUGGAGGACUCCAUGACGGAUGCGCUGAUCAACGACAAGCCCCAGUUCAUACGUCUCUUCAACGAGAACGGCCUCAACAUCCUGGACUACCUAACCUACAGGCAUCUGGAGGUCCUGUACCGCUCGCUGUCCGACAGUUCUCUGGCCUUCACUCUGCUCCAGCGGCUUCUCACAGAGAGACAGGGCCUGGCCAUAUGCUCUCCGAAAGAGGCCGUAGCCCUCAAGAGCCCCCAGAACCCCAUGAGCCCCCUAUCAGGACCCUCCUCUGUCAAAGAGCUCAGCUUGUAUGAGGUGUCACGGCUUUUAUGGGACAUCCUGGGAGAUGUGUGUGAGCCCUUCUACUACAGUCUUCUCGGUUUGGACCAGAGCGCCAGCACCAGGAGAGCACUGAAGCAAGUGAAUAAGUUGUUGCAGGGGGAUUGUUCGUACAGGGAGCAGAGCUGUCUCUAUCCGUGGGCCUCUCUGUUCAUCUGGGCUGUGCUGCAGAACCGCAGCGAGAUGGCCGUCUACUUCUGGGAGAUGGCAGGGGAGUCUGUCCACAGUGCUCUGGCAGGCUGUAAGAUUCUGAGGGAGCUGUCUAAGCUGGAGAGUGAGACAGAGACCAAGCUCUCUAUGAAGGAGCUGGCCCAGAAGUUUGAGAACUUGGCCCUCGAUGUGUUCAGUGAGUGCUACCAGAGCAGUGAGAGUCGCUCCUUCACCCUCCUUAUAAGGCAGUCUCCGGUGUGGGGCAAAGCUACCUGUCUACAGAUGGCCACCUCAGCCGACGCCCGCCACUUCUUCAGCCACGAUGGCGUGCAGUCUCUGCUGUCUCAGAUCUGGUGGGGAGACAUGAAGAGGAGCACGAAGGUCUGGAAACUGGUCCUCUCCUUCUUCUUACCCCCCCUCAUCUACACCAACCUCAUCAGCUUUAGGGAACAUGAGGAAGAGGUGAGGUCAGAGGAGGUACCUCUUGGUCGAGACACAGAGAGUCUGGACGGAGGAGAUGCCACUAUGCUCUCCCUCUCCGACAUCAUGCAAACGGAAGAGGACGUCGAGGAAUAUGCUGCUCUAAGGGACAAUCUGAAAAGUGCCCCCUCUUCCAAUCCCAAGAGGCCCUUCGUAUUGCUGCGCUGGAGGGAGUUCUGGUUUGCGCCCGUCACCUCGUUCCUAGGCAACGUGCUGAUGUACUUCCUGUUCCUCAUCCUGUUUGCUUAUAUCCUAUUGUUGGACUUCAAGCCCCCGCCGCCUCACGGCCCGUCCACCUUAGAGUUUGUUCUAUACUUCUGGGUCUUCACCAUGGUCUGUGAGGAGAUUCGACAGACAUUCUUCAGGGGCAACACCACUUUAUAUCAGAGAAUGAAGCUCUACAUUGAGGACAUGUGGAAUAAGUGUGACAUCACAGCCAUCUCACUCUUUGCACUGGGAAUGUGCUGCAGAAUGUUCCCGUGGUCCUAUGAGUUUGGCCGUGCUGUGUUGGCUGUGGACUACAUGGUGUUUACCCUCCGUCUCAUCCACAUCUUCGCCAUCCACAAACAGCUGGGACCCAAGAUAAUCAUUGUUGAGAAAAUGAUGAAAGACAUAUUCUUCUUCCUGUUCUUCCUGGCGGUGUGGCUCCUGGCCUACGGCGUAGCCAAUCAGGCGCUGCUCUACUCCUACGACCCCCGUCCCGGUUGGAUAUUUCGCAGAGUGUUCUACAGGCCAUACCUACACAUAUUUGGACAGAUCCCCAUACACGAAAUGGAUGCUGAUAAACUGGAUGAGGGGAUAGAGUGCACCAAUAACGCCACUCUGGUCGAGGCGGGGGCAGAGCCCUGCAUGAGUACCGACCACAAUUGGCUGGUGGUCAUCUUAUUGGUCAUCUUCCUGCUGGUCACCAACAUCCUCCUGGUCAACCUGCUCAUCGCCAUGUUCAGUCACACGUUCUCCAAAGUGCAGGAGCACAGCGACAACUACUGGAAGUUCCAGCGCUACAAUCUGAUCGUGGAGUAUCACUCCAGACCCUGCCUGGCACCACCCUUCAUCCUCAUCUCCCACCUCCACCUCAUCAUCAAGAGACACAUCCGCAAGAUCCCCUCCACGAAGAUCAAACACUUUGUUCUGGAGAUCCAUGGUAGGGAGGCCAGUAGACUGAACACGUGGGAGGCCAUCCAGAAGGAGAAUAUACUCUUUGCCCAGAACAAACGAGAGAGAGAGAAAGACUCAGAGAGACUCAAACGCACCUCCGUCAAGGUGGACAAUGUAUUAAAGCAGAUGGCAGAGAUUCGGGACCACGACCGCAGGCUGAGAAUGUUGGAGACCGAGUUGGAGUACUGUUCUAGUGCCCUCUCCUGGAUGACGGAGGCUCUCUCUCAGAGUAACUUGGUAAAGACCACACGUCCUCCGCCCGCUCUCAGAGAUCUGACCUCUCUCUCUCCAACUAGCUGACAAAUGUCUGAUGGAGAAUAGUGAAAUCUGGACGCGCACACACAACCUCUUAGCUGUCCCUCGAAGUCGAUGAUGACAAAUGUUCCUCUUUUGGAUUGGGGAUAUCGCUUUAAACACACACACACCUAGAAUCACUGUCACUCAGGGCCAGUGGUGUGAAGUACUUAAGUAAAAAUUCUUGAAAGUACUACUUAGUGGUUUUUUGGGGUAUCUGUACUUUACUUUACUAUUUAUAUUUUUGGCAACUUUUACUCUUACUUCACUGCAUUCCUAAAGAAAAUGAUAUUUUUUUUACUCAAUACAUUUCCCUGACACCCAAACGUACUCGUUACAUGUUGAGUGCUUAGCAGGACAAGAACAUUUUCAAAUUCACACACUUAUCAAGAGAACAUCCCUUGUCAUCCCUACUGCCUCUAUUCUGACGGACUCACUAAACACAUGCUUUGUUUGUAAAUUAUGUCUGAGUCUGGGAGCGUAAAAUAAACAGGAAAAUAAACAGGACAAUAAUGCCGUCUGGGGUGCUUAAUAUAAGGAAUUUGAAAUUAUUUAUACUUUUACUUGUAUAGUAUAUUUUAGCAAUUACAUUUACUUUUGAUACUUAAGUAUAUUUCAAACCAAAUACUUUUAGACUUUUACUCAAGUAGUAUUUUACUGGGGGACUUUCACUUUUACUUGAAUCAUUUUGUGUUAAGGUAUCUUUACUUUCACUCAAGUAUGUCAAUUGGGUACUUUUUCCACCACUGCUCAGGGCCAAGGAAUGUCAAGCAAUGCCAAACACGGACUCGAAGCUCUUUCAUCCAUCCUUUCAAUGUCGUUUUUAAGCGUUGAUCAUUUGAACUACUGUCAUUUAAUGUGGACCAUUGUUGCUCUUCUAUGUUAUACUUUGUUGUUCCUAUGUUCUAUAAAUCUUGUUCCUGUGGGUUAUAGAAUGUGAGGAGAACAGGACAAUCUGUUCUUAAUGUAUAGACAUUUUUAAAAGGUGUAUUCAACCUGACACAAUCACAAAAAUGUUACUUUUUGGUUUGCAGUCAAUGACCAAAAGCGCCCUCUUUGGGCGCAUGGUAUUCAUAUUUUUCAUAAUUUCAUAAUUAAUAAAGAUUAAAACGUACAACAAAAA